CGCAGUGCCAGUGAUGACAUCGAAAGGAAUUCUAAUAAGCAGGAAUCCCAAAUCCCCUCUUUCGCCUUCUUCUCCUUUGGUUUGAGAAAUCAGCUCUUUGUUUCAAUUCUAAUUCUUUUAGCUUUAGUAUCAAGCAGAGAACUAGUGCAAAUCCUAAAAUAAAUUCAUUUCAACCCUUCCCUCUUGCCUUGAGUCUCUUCACAAACCUUGGAGCACCCACAAAAUCCAUCUCCAUCUGGUUUAGUUGGGUUGAGAAGAUUGAAGUUGUUGGCAAUGUUGAGGAACAAGGAGCAGCAGGAGCUCCAACAUGUCCCUGAACAUGUUGUGCUCAACAUUCUCUGCCGCUUGCCGGUCAGGUCCUUGAUCCGCUUCACUUGUGUCUCAAAACGCUGGCGCUCUCUUAUCAUUUCCGACCCCCAAUUUGGCAACUCCCAUUUCCAACUAGCAGCAUCCCACCUCCGUCAAAAUGUCUUAAUCGUUAACGUUUCAAAAGGUACACUCGGAACUAUGGUACCCUUCGGAUUUCAAUCCGUGCAAGAUAAAUUUUCGAUCAAAAAUCUCACCUCCCCAUUCCAGCGGUGUAGCCAAAUUCCAGUAAUGGGCUCUUGCAAUGGUUUGGUAGUUUUAGCCAAUUUCCAUCCCUAUGUUAGGGUGUCUCGAUUCCAACCAUGUUCUGAUGAUUACAAUAGUCUGGUAAUGUGGAACCCAUCAACUGGAUUCUUCCGCAACAUACCUUGUCCUAAUUUUCAGAUUGGGAUGAUAAAAUUAACAGAGGAAGAGAAUGGGAUCGGUGUAUAUUAUGGUUUUGGUCAAGUGUCGGCCUCUGACGACUACAAACUUGUGGUCAUACCAAAUUUGGGUGCUUUUAUGGAGGUGCAAGUGUUCUCAGUCAGAGCCAACUGUUGGAAAGUUGUUAAAGCUCCUUACUUGUCGCCGUACCGCCCCUGGUCUGAAGAAUUGGGGACUUAUUCAAAUGGAGCGAUUCAUUGGGUCAGUAACCGUGAGCCUGGGAUUUUCGAGCCACCUGUGUAUGCUUUUGAUCUGGCAAAUGAGGAGUUUCGGGAAAUGCCAUUGCCUGUUCUUAGCCGUAAUGAAGAUGGCGUGGAAAUGACGCAAAUUAGAACUCAGGUUCUUUUAGGAGGAUGUCUUUGUGUGAUGUUUCAGGAUGUGAUGCCUCAGGACGCUAACAAGUAUACUGAAUUUUGGGUGAUGAAAGAGUAUGGGCGGCCUGAAUCUUGGGUUAAACUCUUUGGGUUUAACCUACAUGAUUUACCAGACGUGUUCGAUUCAUUUUGUAGCCGCCUUUUUUGGAAUCCUAUUUUCAUUGCAGAAGACGGUACAGUGGUGAUCAAACUGCGGACCCAGAAGGAGUUGAUCUGGAUUAAAUGCCGUAAAGAAGAGAAGCCGUUCUGCACCGACCGGUACCGUCUUGAGGAGGUGGCGGAACAGCAUUAUGCAUUUGAUGCCAUUUUGUAUGAUGAAACUCUAGUUUCGAUACCUGAAUGAUUGUGGCGAUUUAAAUGGCUUGGGACUCAGAGGCCUGAAAAAACUAGGAAGCGAGAGCGGAAAUGAAGAGGGAUUGCUACAUGCAUUCUAUUGCUGGUUUCUUUUUUGGGUUUUAACUAUUGUAAUUUGGAUUGCAUUCUAUUGCUGGUUUCUAGUUUAGGUAUUGUAAUUUGGAUUCUCCACCUUUGAUUAAACGAUCCUUCUACUUUGUUUCACAGUGGGCUCUGUUUUUGUCUUGAUGUGGAAUUGAGGAGCUAGAAACUAUGAACUAUCACUGCUAUUGCUGCUGCAUGAAGGAACUUGUUUUAUCAUUGUUUACGUUUGCUCUAUAGUUCAGACAGUCUCGCUAAUUGACCCAUAUAGCAAAAUGGAUUUUUUUGGACCAUGGGCUUUCUUCUUUGAGAACAUUUGUGCUUGUCAUAACAUUGCUGCCUGCAAUGUUGGCCUCGCAAUAAAACUUCAGUUGUAGCUGCUUUUGCAGCCAUUAAUAGAUAUAUUUUUCUUUACA